AAAUCAUCGUAACAGGCCACAGCUAAAAAAUCCUUCCGGCGAAUUCCACAAUGUUUUCCGCCGUCGUCAGACCUUUCCUCUCUCCCUCACCGCGGCUCUUUCGCCGUCCUCUUUCUUCAUUCUCAAUUUCCUUCCAUUCCUCUCACUUUCUGUCUCCUCAUUCUUCUAAACCGAUUAGGCCUGUCCUUUCCUCCGGCCAUGCCUUUCUCGCUGACCAGUACCUUUCAUGUUCCAUGCCUGAGAAGCCUCUUCGUGUCGCCGUUCUCCUCAGUGGCGGCGUCGAUAGCAGCGUCGCUCUCCGUCUCCUCCACGCCGCUGGCCAUUCCUGUACCGCUUUCUAUCUCAAAAUCUGGUUCCAGGAAGGCUUUGAGAAUUUCUGGAAUCAGUGCCCAUGGGAAGACGAUUUGAAGUAUGCAAAGCAUGUUUGUGAGCAAGUUUCUUACAUUAUUGAGGAGUACCGUUGUGGACGUACACCAAAUCCGGAUGUUCUAUGUAACACUAGAAUCAAGUUUGGGGCAUUCAUGGAUGCAAUCAGUGGUAUGGAGUAUGACUACAUAGCUUCAGGUCAUUAUGCUAAAGUGGUCCAUCCUCCUGCUGACCAAAAUGAUUCAUCGUCUCUUUUGGAACUAUCACAGGACAUGGUGAAGGAUCAGACCUACUUCCUCUCACAUCUCUCUCAAACCCAGCUUAAGCGGCUGCUUUUCCCACUUGGUUGCAUCAAGAAGGAUGAAGUUCGCAAACUAGCCACAGAAUUUGAUUUGCCAAACAAAGAUAGAAAGGAUUCACAAGGAAUAUGUUUCCUUGGGAAGAUAAAGUUCAGCGAUUUUGUUGGAAAACACAUAGGAGAGAAGGAAGGAAUCAUAUUAGAAGCUGAAACUGGGGAUUUUCUUGGUAACCAUCGUGGAUUUUGGUUUUACACAAUCGGACAACGCCAAGGCUUGCGUUUACCCGGUGGACCCUGGUAUGUUGUUGAAAAGGACACUAGAAACAAUGUAGUGUUUGUCUCAAGAAAUUACUACUCAAUCGACAAGAGAAGACGGAUUUUCCGAGUUGGCUCUAUAAGAUGGCUUAGUGGGAAACCUUCAGGCAAUCUAAGCAAGCUCCGUUGCAAGGUACGGCAUGGGCCUGGCUUCUACAGCUGCGGUUUUGAAAUGGAAGCAGGAGGAGAUGUUGCGGUUGUACAUCUAGAAGAAGACGAUCAAGGUCUCGCUGCUGGACAGUUUGCAGCGUUCUACGAAGGAACCGUUUGCAUCGGUUCAGGCGUAAUCCUCGAGUCGUGGGACGAUCAGUGUUUCCCGGUCUGUGCAAAAGCUCUUGAACUCGCAGCUAUGGAGGAUAAAACCAAACUCGGGAAACCUGUCAAGAUCAAGACGAUGCCUGUUACGACAUCUGUUCCAGGAGAAACAAGUACAGGAGAGAAGCUGGUUAACGCCUGAGACAAGGAAAUGGUGUUGUUGUAGUGUUGUAGACUUGUAGUCUCAGGUACAUCUGAAGAUUUUAAGCUGACAAGUGACGAGAUCAUACGAUACGAAUUACGAUAUAGCUUUUCCUCUCCUCCGUAUAGCCACAAGCCCAACGAAUUUUUAUAUACGUAUAUACGAUCGCUGCUUCUUUUUUUUUUCGACGCAAACACGAUACUCUUAUUCCUAAUAGAGAGACAUCAGCUCUCGUUAGUCG